CUUAAUGCUUUAGUUUGUUUAUACAUAGGCGGGCUGACUCAAUUUUCAUUUCACUUUUAGCUUAAGACUUUAAUCAUAAUAAAGAUCUGAUUACCUAAUCAUCCCAAUCUAGAUCUAAUUACCUUCACUUCAUACCUUGGCAUGUUCUUCCUAAUGGCUCUUCUUUACCUUUGCUGGUUAACAUUUAUGUUAGAGCGUGUGUUUGUUUGGUCUCUCCGAAUGCUCCGUUAGAGCCAUCAAAUAUCAAUUCACGUAAAGUUUGUAUUAAGAUGGUAACCUUUUCUGUGAAGAACGGUGGCAGACGUUAAACUCCUAUGAUCGGUGCUCCUUGUGGUGUUCAUGCCUUGGUUCUUGCUGCUGUUGUCUGGAGAUAUGACGCUUUGGCUGGCUCUCUGCCCACAUCCUGUGUCUACGAUCAUAACCUUGUGAUAUGCAGAGAUGCCCACAGGUUGAAUCUGACUAGCCUGGCCGCUGCAGUAAUGAUGGAGUAUGUUGUCACAUUCGUAUACCUCAAGUCAGCAAAAACACUUUGCAAUUGCAGGACAGUACAUUUCACUAAAGUUCUUAAGAACGCUGAUAUAUUUGUGAUGACCUCCUCCAAGUGUGAUAUAAGAAUUUUGAUUCGAUGUGGUGUCGAGAUACCACUGGUCGAGCCUGUACAGGUCGCUGGUCUUGUGGUGUCCAGAGAAAAUCCUAAACUUCGUUGGGGCGUCAAACAUCAUGUGAUAGACCUGUGUAACAAGAUUGAAGACCUUCCAGACAAAGGAAUCAGAACAGUAUUAUACCAAAGUUUUGUUCAUGAGCUUUACCAGGGAGAGAAGAGACUUGAAAAGAUGGCUCUGGCUCGAGGGGAUCUCCUGUUCUAUCAUCAAGUGAACUUGGCGACUCAGUUUCAAACUUUGGUUACUACACCGCCAGCUCAGAGUGGAGACGAACAAAGUGAUAAGCCAAUGAUUGUAGCCUCUUACGAAUCAGAGCCGAUGGCACAUCUGUCCAAUAUCAUGCAAGAUGCCAUGUUAAGGAUAAACAAGGCUCAAGCGGACGAUGAGUUGCCCUACACACCGAAACCCAGUGAAUCAGAGUUACAGACCCUGCUGAGUAACGAGAUGAACGAGAUCAAAAGAAACUACAAGAAACAUGGCAAGCGAGAAGUGCAACAUUCCAAAAGGGAUCCGUUUUUAACGACUGAUCCAUUGACUCACAGAUUCAUUGGUGAAUCUGGGUUUAACACAAAUACUAAGGGCACCUUGACUGACAGAAUCAUUCGUGAUUCAUUACCUUUAGAAAUUGUGAGUGAAUCAUGGAAUAAAAGAAUCAUGAGUGAUUCUAUGCAUAACCGAAUGCAGAUGUUUGCAUUUCUUCACAAUAAAUCAACUCAAUUCCAAGAACGCCGCAGCAUGCCCCAUCAAUUGAGAAAAAAAAGUGCUCCCCGUGCAACGCCACAGCUUUUACCACAAAAAGUAUUUGUGGAUGGGGAAUAUGUGAGCAUCUUCGACUCUAACACCAUCCUUGAAGAUCUGGAACUGGAGGUUCCCAUUACUACAUCCGCAAACCCUUUCACGACCCAGAAAGCCAUGCACACAUUUAUGACGCAGAGGCCACCGGAUGAGCACAAGAACCCAGUGGCGCAUAUGCUGUUCCCCUCAAGAGACGAAGCCAUGGCGCAUGCCCUGUCUCAAGGCAUGCUCGAUCUCAAGGACGAGGACGUGGACGAUGACCUGGACAAUGAAGAUUCUCUCAUGGUGGACACCUUGGACCCUGCUGGCGAAGCCUUAAUGAAUGCCAAAAUGAAGUUGAAAAAAAUUACUAAAGUGCCUAAAGUGACGCCCCUGCCACUUGCCACCGUCUCCGUGAAGAGCUUGAAAGUACUGCAAGAGGAACACCGAGAGUCGGACCACAGGAUCAAAUCCUUUGUCGUGUUCUUUGUCUGUGUCAUAGGCAUUAUUGGAGUGAUUGGAGUGUUGCUAGUUCUGGCUAUAAAAAGAAGGCCAUCGAAAGAUAAAUAUUCAGUUUUUGAUGUCCCAAAGAGACGCACCGAAAAAGAACGUCGCCAGAGACAAGAACAACUUUUAAAGCAACACGAAGACCUUAUGGACAAAAAGAGGAAGAUUCAUCCAGUCUAUUCUGAUGCUGAGACCCCUGAAGAGGUGAUACCAUUUAUAGAUCCUCUGACUGGACGUCGGACCGCUACGAGUAGGCCCACUCAGACACAGGAUGACGUCAUAAAAAGUCGACCUAUUUUGAAGAAGAAACAAAUUAGAACUCUAGGAGGAAGACAUGUUCAUAGUGCUUUUGAAACACUUCCUUCUGAGAACCCGAUACGCAACGUCGAGGAGGACACUGAGGAUGAAUCAGGACUGUUGAAUUCACCAAAGCGUAUGUCAGGACAAGUGUCAUUCAAUAACGAGAUAACAAACCAGGGAAGAAGAAAGAAAAGUGUGGAUUUCAAUCUCAACAAGUCGGCCAGCAAUAAUAGCGAGACAAAACUUGUUUCAUUUCUAGAGUCUCUGAACACUGACGUGGCGUCAUCAGAACAGACCACAGAGAACAAUUUAAUAUCAAGCAGUACAUUCAACUGCAGAGACAAAAGGAUCAGACGACAAAGCUGGCAGAAACACGAAUGCCGCAUAGAAUCAAAAAGUUAAUGACUCCUAAUCCUUUAAGAAGUUGUCUAGAACCUUCUCUGAAGCUCCACACAGCAAGAAUCUCACACUUUGGUACCAGUUUGAUACCAAAAGAACCAAAGAAGAAAAUGACUCCUUUACUAUAAUUGCAAUAU